GCUUGUCCGCGGCGCUGAGCGGAGAAAAGGCCGAGGCAGCUCCGGACCGUGGCUCCUCUUCUGCUCCACUCCCAGCCGCUUCAGCCACGAUGGCAACCACGGCGGACGAGCUGCGGGAACCGGCGGACGUCGCCGCGCCGUCCACGCGCCCCGACUGCCGCGGCCACCGCAACAACAGCAACAACAACAACAACAAUAACAACAACAACAAAGACAGCGAGGCGGGAGAGAGCCCGAGCUCCGCCGCCGCCGCCUCCAGCGAGACCGAACCCGGGACCGCGUCGCAGAGCAUCGGGAACGGCUCGGUAAUCAACCCCACCGGGGGGAGCAACGGAAAGUGGGUCCGACUGAACGUGGGGGGCACCGUGUUCCUCACGACCCGGCAGACCCUCCUCAAGGAGCAAACUUCGUUCCUGUACCGGCUGUGCCAGCAGCAGGACCUGCACUCAGACACGGAUGAGUCGGGGGCCUAUGUGAUUGACAGAGACCCCACCUACUUCGGUCCCAUCCUCAACUACUUGCGGCACGGCAAACUGGUCUACAACAAGGAGCUGGCUGAAGAAGGUGUCCUGGAGGAGGCCGAGUUUUACAACAUCACGCCCCUGAUCAAAUUGAUCAAGGAGAGGAUCGUGGAGAGAGACUCCAAAGCCACGCAGCAGGUGCCCCCAAAGCAUGUGUACCGGGUGUUGCAGUGUCAGGAGGAGGAGCUGACCCAGAUGGUCUCCACGAUGUCGGACGGCUGGAAGUUUGAGCAGGUCAGCGUGCGCACCUGCAGAAAGCCCCGCACCGGACUGCUCUGGACUAUGGUGAACAUCGGCUCAUCGUACAGCUACGGAACAGAAGACCAAGCGGAGUUCCUGUGUGUCGUGUCCAAGGAGCUUCACACGCCUGGUUCUGGACUGGGUACAGAGCAGAGCCACAAAACAAAGCCGGCUGAGCUGCAGGAAGAGGAAGCAGCGAAGGAUGAGGAGGAGGAGGAGGAGGGAGGGAGAGAUACCACACCAAAUGAGUGGCUUAGAGAAUGAGGGAGUCAUGUUGCUUUGUUCCAAAGAGAGGUGGGAUUGGCUUUUCCAGAUCCAUGGAUCACGGAUGUAAAAGAAUUUUACUUAUUUUCCUUUGAGGCUCAUAACAACAUUCUGUACAUAAUGUCGCAUGUUGUGUGCUGCGUCAAUGGGACGGCAUCAGAAACAGAUUAGUAGCAUUUCUAUCAGUUCGCUGACAAAAUGACCAAAAAGGAAAAAAAAAAAAAAUCUCAGAAUUCAUCAGAAAUCUUUUUCAGCGAGAUUUUAUUGUUAGAAAUAAAUCAUGUGUGCAGAUGUUAUAUUGCUAAGUAGUGGAGCUUAGUAAAUUAUAACCAAAGAUCCAGAUGAAAGCGGACUGAACAAGGUGCUUAACUAAAAUCACAGUGAUCCGAUUAGGGUUGCAGCGAGGAGCUGUUGUUGCGUCACCAUGAUCCAACAGACAUCGGAGAUUGCAAAUAGAUCAGAUUGCAUCCGUUUUGUUUUCAGACAUGGACUCCAGAGAAUGUCCGCAGAAUUGGGUAUGGACUUUCUCCAGCGUUCGCCUUUCACAAAUGAACAAUACAGCAGGAGAUUCUCUGCCCACAACAAAACAAAUCUCUGGAGCGUUAGGUGAGGGCUAAUUUAUAAAUUUAGUUGCGGAGAUCACGUUUCUGUUUACAUCACAUCGACACCAAUGUUGGUCCUUAUCACCAAAAGGUCUCUUAAACAUCUUGGUCGGUGUCUUCUGUGUGUGUGUGUGUUAAUACGCAAUAAGAUGUUUCUGAGUCGGAGGAUCUCCUGCUGUGUUCUCAAAUCAGCUCAUUCUGACAUUCUCCAGAGUUUUUUACUCGGGGCUAGAAAAACUGCAGAAAGUCCGGAGACUCCGGAGUUCAGGUCUGAAAGCAGUUCUUAAUUAUAAUAUUUCUUGAUGUUAACACAGUUGGCAUGGAGGCAUUCAUCAGCGAUACAUAAUGAAACCAAUGUUCCAUCACUUUCUUUCUUCCCAAUGAUGGACACAGUUGUUUGUUUUGUACUGAAGCCUCUUAUCCCUGCUGUCCUCUCAUUUAAUUGCACGAGGCAAGUUUGCUCAAGAAAACUAAAUCACUGUGGCUGCUGAGAAACAAUCACAGUGAUCCCACCAGCCGUCGACUGCAAAAAUUUUUGCAGAGACUGACUCUUUGUCGUUAAACAUGUAGGAAAUGAUGUUGGUACUGUAGCUAUUCGUUUCUCUCAGUGUGAACGUUGGCUAACACUGGUUUGAUCUCAUUCUACACAGACUCCACAGCCUGUGUGAGGCUGUAGCAGAUCCUGACAGUGUGCACUGCAUACAAAAGCUUGCUUCACUACCUCUUUGAGUCUUAAGCCCCUUUUCCUGCAGUAGACACAGGUUUAAAUAAGCUCUGGCUCCGAUUGGCAGUGAUUGAAACAUGACACCAGGGCGAACGCGCUAAUUUGACAAGACAGCGAGGUGAGAGAGCGCCUCAGCUUCAGCAAAAAAACAGAAAGGCAAACUCCUCAACUGUCAAUGAGAGAAAGGUCAACUGGCUUUUUUUUGCUGGUUUAACCAAGUUAAAUUUGGUGGAAGAGGUUUUACUGAGAGAUGGCCUCGUAUGCAAGUCAGCACACCUUCAGUUCUGAGUUGUCAGGAGCAUUGGUCUCGAUAUCACUGCUUUCAGGUCUAGUUAUGUGCUGCGAUUUGAUCUUGCUGUUAUUACUGUUAGCUUAGUAUAAAUGGGUGUGAUUGGCUUUAAACACAACAAGAGUCCAACAGAGCCGAGCUUAGGAGCACAUAUACACCGCUCUACAUUUCACCCUGCACCAGCUCCCUGACACAUACCUGCAUCACCACGUGCACGGUGCACACUCAACAGCGGUGUCGUUUCAGUCUGCCGCCCUGGCCGCGAUCCACAGCCAGCUUUAAGCCCGAGCUGACAGAGAGAUGUCGGCGUGAGUCAGGAAAGGCUUGAACAGAGAGGGGAGUAGAGGGUGACUCAGGGGAGUGAAGUGUCCUCUGUCUGUCGUUGUUAGGAUAAGGAGCAGCAUUUAAAUCCCACUAUCAGCUCAGGGCAGGUGUAUGGUUUCAAAAAGGUGGUCAGAUAACGCGUGACUUAACGAUCUCUGCUCGCAAACUGUAGGAACUGCACCACAUUGAGUCCCCUGUGCACAACUCCUGACAGCUCCGAUGACUUUAAAUGCAUCAAGUGCAAGAUAAUACAUUUGUAGAUGUCAUUUUGCAAAUUCUCCUCCCAUGAGGAUUUGACAUCAAGGAGUUGUAGUGGAUAUCAGUAGAUAUUAAUGUGUAAUUACUAGGGUUGUUUAUCAUCUAAUUAUAGAAAAAUUACUUAAAUUAAACUCACUCUGUGAUGUCGCUAUGAUGUCAUCUUCCUGUGACUGGUCCAUCAGCGCUCUUGCUCUCCACUGGUGACAAACUAUCGAUUCCUAUCGAGAAAAGAUCAUUAAAUUCCUCCUGUGGCACCACAGUCCUGAACUUCUGACGAGGAAUCAACUGACGGUCUCGUGUUGGAACAAACAAAGCACAGAAAAAGUUUACGCAGUUGAGAUAUAAAGAUAAAGUUAAACACAAAGCACAACAACAGCACAGAUGGAGUGGCAGCGUCCGUUACAUUUAUUUAUACAUGUAUUAUUGUAUAAAUAAUACACAAUAAAUGUAUUAUCCGAUGCACUGCUUAACUUGCUUCUCACAGCAAAAAACUGACAUAUGCAUUCAUUUUUCUUGAAAGCUCUAGUAAAUGCACAUUUCUACAAAUAGCCAAAUGUUGUGUCUCAGCUUAUCAGAGGACAUUUAACCUAAAAGAAGAUAUGAAAAAUCAUUGUAGAACAAAUGGUAACUUAGAAAUGGGGGCAAUAUAUCCACGCCCAGCAGUCGUUCCAAAUUCCAGUUAGCUAUACUUGCCAAAUCAGCUAAACUAGCCAACAGCUGUCUAGAUAAUCAUAGUCAGCAGCUUUCAAAACAUCCUGUAAUGCAUGAUAAUGAAUGACUAGAAUAAGAAAGCACCGUCAUCCUCAUUCACUGAUUUACAGUUUCAUUUGUAAACACAGUUAUGCCAUAAAAUAGCAGCUUCAGAAUGAGUUUGGUGGUUCACAGAUUUGGGAUAGGGAGAAUGUUUUUUCUUUCAUUCCCAGUCCUCACCCUGAACGUCUCUUCUUGCUCUUUGGUGAGUGGAUACCUUCUCCUGUGAGAGAUUUGGAACUGACUGAUAGUCCCAGUUUUAAAUAUUCAGAAUCAGGCCCAGCGAGUUCGAGAGUAAUAUUGAAGAUCAGUCAUUGAAAACCAGUGAUAAACCCCUUUAUAAUGCAGAUGAAAAUAUUUUAAACUUGUCCCAUCCACUUACAUGGAGGAGGCAGGAUUUGUGACCUGCAGCUAGCCAUCAGUUGACCAUCCAGAUGUUUUGGCUUCAUUUUUGGGAGCUGUCAUGUUGUCCAUCUUUGUGUCUUGGAAACAGAACCCAACAGAAACACUACGUCUGGCUGCAGAGGGCGCUGAUGGUCAGUUAAAGUUACAUAGUGUUGCUUGAAUUUGAUUUAGCGAACUUUAUUUUUUUCUGCUCCUUCUUUGACCCAUUGAGGUUUAACACCACCAGAGAGAUUAUUUCUACGACCACAUUGAGCGUUUGCCGUCUGCACCUCAUACCUGACCCCCUUUGCUGUAUAGCUACUGCGUAACACUGAGUGACCCCCAACAUGCAGGAAACACACAAAUACACUUGAGGCAAUAAGCAGUUAGUGUGAGACAAUCGAAAAUUGGGAUCGUAGUUGGAAACUUUUUUUAGUAACAUUUUGAUAAUUGAAACUAAAAAAACAUACGCAAAUACAAUAAUGUGUGUGUUAUAAGUGUCUUGUCCGUUUAAAGCAUCAAAUAUAAGCAGAUAUAUGGACCUUUAGGUAAAUGUCAGAAUAGUGAAGACAAGUUACUCAUGCUUACGAUAAUCACAACAAAGACAUUAGAAGGAGGGAGAAGACUGAAAGAGUUUUGAUCAUUGUUUUGUUACUUCAGCAUUUUUCUAACUUGGUGCCUUGAGUUCAAACAGAUAAACUGGGCGUGUCUAAAGACUGAUGUUUCACAUUCAACGUCGGCGUCGUCACAUGCAUUCUUUUAAUCAGCUGUUUUAAUAUUUCAGUCCAAAAAAAUGGGUCUUUUCACCACCUCCCUAAGAGUCCAUUCCAGGUUUGCUCCUUGUUUAAAUUGUUACAUUUCUUCCAGCACAUGGCGAUUGCAUUUUUUUCAGGAGUUGUUCAAGCAGAGAUAAAGAUGUCACACACUGAACGUGGAGUGGCAUGUCUUAUGUGGUUUUUUUUUUCUUAUCAGUAUUCAAGAGCGUGAUCUUUCAGUUUGAGAGCGGGACUUAUUGAUUCCACGUUCAGAUUUUGUAAUGCUAUCACUCAAAAGCCUGUGCUUGCACUCAAAUGGCAGAUUCUCUGCAUUUCAGCUUUAGCUCUUUUCAUGCUCACGCUGCUUUUGUGUGCGUGUGAAACGUCUUCCCUUGAUUUCUCCUCUGCCCUUGGAUUUGUAGUGGUGACAAGUUGAUGUGGGUGUGUUAGCUUGAUGGCUUUGAGAUUUCCAUACAGGCAGUUACUUUAGCUUCACUAUAACUCUCCUGCACCCCACGGCCUUAUUACCUCAGCUUCCUGUGUUUAGGGUUUAACCUUUGGUUGUGUGUGUGAAGCAAACACAACACCUUCUUGGAGCAGAAGUCCAGCAGAUCCCCGAUCCACAAGGUCUUAAUUUAAAGUUUUUUUAGGGUAUGGGAACACUAUAAAACAAAAGAAAUGGAGCCCUGUCUCUUUCCAUCUAUUCAGCUAAUUUCGGGGACGAGAUGCAAGAGUUUUCCGCUCCUGCUGGACUCCUGCUCCAUGAAGAUGAAAAAAAUCCAAGAGCAGACAUUACAUAUGCACACAAAAGCAGCAUGAGCGCUUGUAUGAUCAGUACAAGUAACAAAGCAUCUGAGUGCACUUGCAUGAUAAGCACAAGCAGGGGUAAAUUGACCGCGUGUGCAGGGUUUUGAGAUAAAGCAUCAGAAAAUAAGAAAUCACUAAAUCCUGCUCUCAAAUGGAAAGACUCAAUCUUGAAUACAAAUAGGGGGAUAAAAACCCAAUGUUUGAGGUAAUGCUGUUUAAAGCAGCUGUUGUUGAAGGUUUUAGCUGUUUUGUAUAAAACUUCAUGCCUUUUUUUGUACAUUUUUGUUGUCUUAUUUAUUCUUAAGGGUUUUUUUUUAUGCUACACAGUAAAAAGAAUUUUGGGCUUGAUUUUUUUAGUGGGAGGGGGUUGAUGUCAUCCGUGGGUGGGUGAUCUUUUUAUGUUUUAUCAGAUUUUCUGAAUAUGUUAGAUUUUAGUUCACAUAAAUGCUGUUGAACAGAUGUCAACCCAAGAAUAGAGUUUAGAGUUUUGCUAUCAAAAUAUAAAUGUAUUAGCAUUAGGUCAGUUUUAUAAACCUUGUUUGGUUUACUGGAUUCACACUGAAUUAAUCCACAUGUACACUAUUCGUUGGAUGGUUUCUGCUGUACUAUAGUUUGUUUUCACAUGGUAUUUGAUCUUUAAAAGUCUAUACAACAGUCCUCUUAUUAUUCUUUCCAAAAAAACAUCUCUAUCUGAUGCUGGAGUUCUUUUACUGCUUUUCACACAAUGUCAUAUCUGAAUGCAUAAAACAAUGUGAUAUGAAUUUAAGGCCUCGGAUAAAACUGCUUCAACAAACACUGUGUGACAACAUACAUCAUCAAUGUGACUAUUUAAUUUCCUUUUUUUCUUUUUUUUUUACUUAUUGUAAAUGAAUGUCACUGUUCAACAAAAAUAAAACUUUGUCCUUUGGUUUAAAAUAACCAUUUGAAGAUCUUGUUUUUUGGCGGGGAGACAGACAUCACCACCAUGGCCAGAUCUGGAUUAUCUUACGUUAUUGUACAUGGGCAUCUGAGUACCUACAAUACUCACUACUGCUUACUAUAGUAUAACAAAGCUCCAGUAGUAGUGAAGUUGUUUCCUCAGUUAAACAGACAUUUGUCGACAUGAGCAGCCAUCAUCUUCAAAAUAAACAUGUAACAAUGCAUUGAUGAUAUAGCUAGAGGAAUAAAAUUUUAAAUAAAUCUACUUAAGGAAAGUACAAAUACAAAGUAAAUGUACUUUGCUACAUCCACAACUGCUUGUACUCCUGUGUAGCAAAAAUGCUCAGUAUUUCCUCUUAGAGACGUAGAAGCCUCAGGGUCACCAGUUCUUAAAAGCCACUGAAAGUUUUACAAAAUAGACAGAUAUGGAUUAUUAAAGGUUUUUAGGUCUAUAAAGUUUAUGCAAAUAGAAGUGAUCCGUUAUCUACACCACUGUCUGUCUUCCACUGUUUUUUAAUUCAGCUUUUGAAUUCAUAUACAAGUCUCUGCUGCUCAACACACACAAUAUAUUAUUUUGCAGUGCAGCGUCAGAGAAGAUGAGUUUCCGACAUCACUGCAACAAAGCCGAGACGUUUCACACAUUCAGGCCCUGCUCUGGUUUAAUCGAUAUCGAGUUCUCACUAUAAAACUCCAUCAGAGCUGUAACAGUAAUCAACCUCGAUUCUUGUCUCAAAGUGCAGCAACCCUGACUCAUUCUGAGCACUGACCAUAAAGGCAUCAUCUCGUCAAAUAUCUUUCUGUCUCACUGUGGCCCAGCCGUCAUUAUUUAAACUAAAUAUUUGGUGAAAAUGUCAAGAAAUGCCCUU